UUGUUUUUAAUGGGGAAAAUCACUAAUAAACCAGUCAAUGUAAGGAAAGUGAGUGAAUGAAUUGGGUGAAAUGUACAUUCACUCAUUCUUCUGGGGGUAAGUAUCAUUAGUGAAUGUAUUUAAGUCCUUGAUUAGUGGUUUAGGAAACUUGAUUUCUGCAAUCUUUGAUAUUUGCUAAACUUAGUGAGAAUGGAGAUAAUCAGAGGUGGCAGACUCUCCAAUCCAAGAUAAUAGGUAAUCAAAAUCGAAUAUGUUCUUCUUUUCCCCUGCAUUCCCUGCCUAUGUGUUUAUAUUAUGAGUUGGGUCAUGAUUCUGAUGAUGAGAUUAGAGGUCUUUUUAUAUCAUAAAAUGACUGGUUCCUGGCUGUGAAUGCCCGGCACUGCAUUUUCAUCUUAUCCUUUGGUUAUUGCCAUGGCAUGAACAUUAUUUUUCUUAGCAUAGGGGCGAAACUAAAAAAAUAACAAAUGAUGGUUCAAGUGAUAAGGUAUGAGGUUGAUAAGUUGUGUUCUCGAGUUGAGGAGGAUUUCUUCCUGGCCAUCGAUAAGGGUGUAAACCCAAAUUGCCUGCUCCCAUGAGUUUCCUGGAUAUUCAUGGGAUUGAGAUAAUCUCGGGCAUAGAUCUUUAAAAUAUUGAAAAUUCAAACUUAGUUUUCAAGUAGCUAGAAGCCAGCAUUCUAAUGAACAAACUGAAAGUUCAGGCCGUGUUGAAAUAUUCAUUUGCCUGUGAGCUCUUGAACAUAUGUAAUUAUUUGACUUUGAGCUGUUCUUCCUAACACAAAAAUAAUAAAGAAAAUGUGUGAAACCAUUGGCAAUUUCCAGGCAAUUAUAGUAGGGAUUGUUGGCCAUUUCCUCAUGUCACUAUACUGUUUCAACACUCCCUUAGUUAUUUCCCCCAGCAUUUCUUGGAAUUACUGUAGGUCUUGGUGGUGGAUUUGGGUUGCUGUUAAUUCCUAUGUUAAUUCAUUAUUUUUCUCUGUUUUCACAUUCGAGUAGUUUGGUAGAUGCGUAUCUAUGGGUUACCUCCUGAUUCCUGAUCAUCUCUUUACACAGCUUUUUUAAUAAGUCUCGAAGUAGUCCUGUUGGCUGGCUAUACUGUCUGAAAGCUCAGUUUUUGGAGCUAGUUCAACAUUGUAAAUAAGUAGAUCAUUAGAUAGACUUUGGAAUGAGUCAUUUUCCCUUGUGUGAUAUAUUAUGCUGCUCGUAAACUGAAUCAUAAUCACAGGGUAGUGAUUGGAAAUAUGAGGAAGAUCAAGGAUGUGUCCUUGUUGAAGUCUGGAAUCAAAAGGAUUGGCUCAUUCUGCAGCAGAACCAGAGGUGACAUGCUGAAAGAGGAUCAAGAGGAGGCUCAAAUAUGUUUGUUUAAUGAUGAUGAUCAUGAUGACGACGAGGACGAUUCGUGUUUAUGGUUGUCUUCAUCAGCAUCUCCUUCGUCGUUCUUCGACGAGGGAUCAUCCUGCUGCUCAUCGUUCAUUCUUGAUGAAUCCACCAUCUCUUCUGACAUCAGCAGUUCAUCUUCGAGAGAGGUCGUCGUUGAUCUUGCUUCUUGGGUCUCGGAGUUGGAAGAGGAUGUGACUUUCUUGGCUGAUUUGGAUUUGGAGUACUGCUGCAUCCCAUCUAAUUUCCCAAGCCCAUCUUUCAGUACUUGUUGUUCAAGUAACAGAGAGGCAGAGGUACUGGAGGAAGUUUCAGAAUUGGAGCAACUUGAUGAUGAUGAUGAUGAUCAGCCGGCUUUGUUCUGGCCAUUCGAGGAAGGGAAGCUGGGUUGGAAUCCUGAUGAAGCAUGGAUUAGCUUCGCCAUGUCCCCUCGAAAGGACACCGACUCUACCAUGUCAAGUAAGCAACCUUCCAGAUGUCUAGAAUCAGAACAGAAGCGACAUGAUCAUCGUCAUCAUACUACGGCGAGGAUUAUUCCGAAAUUGAGACAAAUCAGCAGCCUGCUAUUGCCAAGACGAAUGGCCAGUCAUUCAGAUUCGAAGCCAGUAGCAGCUGCAACAAGAAGGGCAGCAGCAGCUAAUAAGGUCAUCUUGCCAUCAAGGUUUGUGAAGGCUUCAGAAUCAAGUUGCUCCAGUGAGAAGGGUUUGAUGAAAGUUGUGCCAUUGGAGUUCAUGAUGGCCAAGAACAGAAUGGCUCAUGGUGCAAUUGAUCAGGCAUGUUUGUUUGAGUCAAUAAUUGGUAGAGAUGAAGUUCCAAUUGAGAAGGUAAUGGGGCUUGAAGAGUUUGAUGGGCAUGAAGGCAUAGAUUCAUCACAGCUUGAUGAUGAUCUCAUUAAUGGAGAUGAUAAUCUUUUCUCGUUAGAGGAUUGAAGAACAAGUCUUUUUGGAGGCCAAAUGUCAUGUGUUUGUGCAUAUACGUUCUUUUUUUCUUUUGUUGUUGUAGUUUGUCUCUUGUUACUUUGAGAAAACAUGUGUGGGUGUUUACAUAUGUGUUUCUGUGCCUUCCAUUCUCAUAAAAAAAUUUGUUUUGU